AUGUCGACAGUCCCGGAUAAAGAAUGGGGGGUGAAGGAUCACUGGAAGGCGAUGAUUGCGAUGACUCUGGUAUCCCUGAGUUCAUUCCAAUAUGGUCUCGACUUCGGUAUUAUAGGAGGUUUACAGGCUAUGAGAGGAUUCCUACAGGUUUUCGGAGAGGAAGACCCGUCGAUUCCCCUUGGAUAUAACAUAGCAUCCGACCGACAGCAACUAAUUGCUUCUUUGAUGGUCCUUGGCGCUUUCGUAUCCUCCUCGUCUGCCGGGUUCACUGCCAAAUAUGCUGGCCGAAAGUUAUCUCUGUGGAUAGCAUGCAUUGGUGUCUUUAUAUCAACUGCUGUGAUGCAGACUACCACUAGUAUAGGGGGUCUAUACGCCGGAAGAUUGCUCAUCGGUCUUGCUAAUGGUCUACUAAUGACACAUUCCCAACUUUAUGGUAUUGUUCCAAGCAUAUACAGAGGUCUAGGCAUUUCCACCUUCUCGUAUUGGAUCUCGUUUGGAUCCUUGAUCGGAACCAUUGUCGACAACUUCGCCGCGAAAAACCCUACUAGGGACGCCUACAUAACCCCUCUGGGUAUCGUCCACAUCGUUCCCGGUAUCUUGACAAUUGGCCUCUUCUUUAUCCCCGAGUCGCCUCGAUGGCUUGCUGCAAGGGGUGAAUUUGAAAAAGCCCAGGAUUCCCUACAGUGGUUAAGGCCUCGAGGAUGGGCUGUCACAAAGGAGAUGGAUGACAUGAAGACGACACUCGAAGCCGAGGCCCAAUUGCAAUCUAGCAUUGGGUAUAUAGAUCUCUUUAAGAACCGGAUUGACGCUCGCAGGACCACUGUUGCUGUACUUGCAUUGACCAGCCAAGCUGCGUCUGGAGCUAUGUUCGUUAUAUCUUACGGAACGUAUUUCUUCGAAAUGGCCAAUGUCGGAAAUGCUUUCGAAAACUCCUGCAUUCUUACCGGUGUCGGCGUAGCCGCGCUCCUAGCUACCGCUCUUAUAAUCACGAAGUUCGGCCGUCGGCGACUCAUGAUGCUUACGGGAUUCCUACUCUGUGGUAUUUCGCAGUUAGUCAUGGCCAUAGUCUACACGGUUCAACCCAACACCGAAAGUUCCGGUAAAGCACUCGUCGGAAUGAGCGUUCUUUACAUAAUUGCGUACAACUCUAUGGUCGCGCCAUAUGCGUGGUUGUCUGGAGGAGAGCUCUCUUCGCAACGUCUACGUUCGCACACAUUUGGUUUAGCUACUGGAAUAGGGUUUUUCUUUGCUGUAACUUUCACUGCGCCCUACUUUAUUAACCCCGACUCUCUUAACUGGGGACCCAAGUACGGAUAUAUUUGGACUGGAGCUUGUGCCGCGGCCGGUAUCUGGAUAUAUUUCUUCCUACCAGAAGUUAAGGAUCGCACAUUGGAAGAGAUUGAUGAAAUGUUCGAGGCCCGAGUCCCUGCUCGAAAGUUCCGCAAGUACCGAUGCACCGGGCACCACGCAGUCCUCGCCGAGAAAGUUCAGACCGAAUAUGUCGAGGAGGGCGUUGGAAAUAAUAAAGCCAUCGAUGCAAAGAAUUAG